CGCGUCUUCUUCAGUUGCCCGGGGUGCGCGAGGCGAGCAGAGUUGCAGUGAUUAGAUUUUUCUUUAAAAAAAGAAGAAAGAAAAGCCACAAAGAAACCCCAAAACUAUUAUUGCAAUUUAUUUCCUUAGGUGCUGCUGCAGCGCGAGAGCUUAGCCUAAGACCAACAACAUGUCCAUCCUUAAGAUCCACGCCCGUGAAAUCUUCGACUCCCGUGGGAAUCCCACCGUUGAGGUAGACCUCUACACCAGCAAAGGUCUCUUCCGUGCUGCUGUUCCCAGCGGAGCUUCAACUGGUAUCUACGAAGCCCUGGAACUCCGUGACAAUGACAAAACUCGCUUCCUGGGGAAAGGUGUCUCAAAGGCUGUUGAGCAUGUGAAUAAAACUAUCGCACCUGCCCUGGUUAACAAGAAUGUAAGCGUGGUGGAGCAGGAGAAAAUCGACAAACUAAUGAUUGACAUGGAUGGAUCUGAGAACAAGUCUAAAUUUGGUGCGAACGCAAUCCUGGGUGUCUCCCUUGCGGUGUGCAAGGCUGGGGCGGCGGAGAAGGAGGUGCCCCUAUAUCGCCACAUUGCCGAUCUGGCUGGGAACAAAGACGUCGUUUUGCCGGUGCCCGCGUUCAACGUGAUCAACGGAGGCUCUCACGCUGGGAACAAGCUGGCCAUGCAGGAAUUCAUGAUCCUUCCUGUCGGGGCCGAAAGCUUUAAGGAAGCCAUGAGGAUCGGGGCGGAAGUGUACCACAACUUGAAGAACGUGAUCAAAGAGAAGUAUGGCAAGGACGCCACCAACGUGGGUGACGAAGGAGGCUUUGCCCCCAACAUCCUGGAGAACAAGGAAGCUCUGGAGCUGCUGAAGAACGCCAUCAGCAAGGCCGGCUACACGGAUAAGAUCGUCAUCGGCAUGGACGUGGCGGCUUCUGAAUUUUACCGCGAUGGGAAGUAUGACCUGGAUUUCAAAUCCCCGGAUGAUCCUAGCCGAUACAUCUCUCCCGAUCAGCUGGCUGACCUGUACAAGAGCUUUGUCAAAAACUACCCAGUGGUUUCCAUCGAAGAUCCCUUCGACCAGGACGAUUGGCCAGCUUGGAAGAAGUUCACGGCCGAGGCUGGGAUCCAGGUGGUGGGUGACGAUCUGACGGUGACCAACCCCAAACGCAUCAGCAAAGCGGUGCAGGAGAAGUCGUGCAAUUGUCUUCUUCUCAAAGUGAACCAGAUCGGCUCCGUCACUGAGUCACUGCAGGCCUGCAAGCUGGCCCAGUCCAACGGAUGGGGGGUGAUGGUGAGCCAUCGCUCCGGAGAGACGGAAGAUACCUUCAUUGCCGACUUGGUGGUUGGUCUCUGUACCGGACAGAUUAAGACUGGUGCUCCUUGCCGAUCUGAACGUCUAGCUAAAUACAAUCAACUUCUAAGAAUUGAAGAGGAGCUGGGGAGCAAGGCCCGUUUUGCCGGCCGGAAUUUCAGGAACCCCCGAGUCAACUAAACGACGAGGCUGUCCGAGGACAAAGACGCUCAUUAGAGGAAUAUAUUUAGUCCCCUCGUCUCCCUUAGUGCCUGCGUCGUAGCAAAGGGGAAGGGCAGCUGACGGAAACGGUUUCGAUGUUUGCAAUCAUCUCCUCUCUCUCUCUCCCCCCCCCAUGCCUCCCUUCUGUCCAGCUGUUGCUUUUCAAGAAACAUAGGGGGGGUGCUUGUGAGGAGGGGCUCAAGGCAGGAAGGUUCGCUCGGCUUCUCAUCUCUGGGGACCUGGGAAUGGAGACCCCCUUCCCCUUCUGAAUUAUACCGUAAACCAUUUUUUUUUGCUGCCUUUCUUUUUCUCAACUUUGCUGCUCUCAACUCCUAUCCCCCUUUCCUCUUUCGUGUACGAAAAAGAUUUGCAAAGCCAUCUGAGCUACCUGUUCAAACCCAACCCCCCCUCAAAAAUAAAAAACACCCCACCCCAGAAAUUCUCUUGUGAGGCAAAUAAAAACACAGAAACGCU